AUGGAGGUGAAAAAUUUCCGAGAUUAUAUUAACUUAUUUUUGAAAGAUAAAUACGAUGAGAAUGAUCAGCCGUUAAAAGUUGUUUAUUAUGAUAGUAAUCCAAGAUGGCAGGUAGCUGUUACCCUUAGUGAUAAAGGUUUUCAACAAGCUAGUUUCGUUAACAGUAUAGCUACCACAAAGGGUGGUCGUCACGUAGAUGUUGUAGCGGAUCAAAUUGUGAAGAAAUUAUUAGAAAUCGUUUCGAAAAGGGAUAAGGGUGGAAUCAAGAUUAAGCCGUUUCAAAUUAAAAACCAUCUGUGGGUAUUUGUGAACUGUUUGAUCGAGAAUCCCACCUUUGACUCUCAAACAAAAGAAAAUAUGACCCUACAAGCCAAGAGUUUUGGCUCUAAGGUUACUUUAUCAGAAGAUUUUAUGAAACAG